AUGUCUGAGCAGCCGCAGAAGGUUUUGGGCAUGCCGCCCUUCGUGGCCGACUUCCUGAUGGGUGGUGUUUCCGCCGCCGUCUCGAAGACCGCCGCCGCUCCCAUCGAGCGUGUCAAGCUUCUUAUCCAGAACCAGGAUGAGAUGCUCAAGACCGGUCGUCUCGACCGCAAGUACAACGGCAUUGGUGACUGCUUCAAGCGCACCAUGGCCGAUGAGGGUGUCAUGUCCCUCUGGCGAGGCAACACUGCCAACGUCAUCCGAUACUUCCCUACCCAGGCCCUGAACUUCGCUUUCCGCGACAAGUUCAAGAAGAUGUUCGGCUACAAGAAGGACAAGGAUGGCUACGCCCUCUGGAUGGCUGGUAACCUGGCCUCCGGUGGUGCUGCUGGUGCCACCUCUCUUCUCUUCGUCUACUCCCUGGACUACGCCCGUACUCGUCUUGCCAACGAUGCCAAGAACGCCAAGUCCGGUGGUGACCGUCAGUUCAACGGUCUCGUCGACGUCUACAAGAAGACCCUCGCCUCUGACGGUAUUGCCGGUCUCUACCGUGGUUUCAUGCCCUCCGUUGCUGGUAUCGUCGUCUACCGUGGUCUGUACUUCGGAAUGUACGACUCCAUCAAGCCCGUCGUCCUCACCGGUCCCCUUGCCAACAACUUCCUUGCCUCUUUCGCUCUUGGUUGGAUCGUCACCACCGGUGCCGGUAUCGCCUCUUACCCUCUUGACACUAUCCGACGACGCAUGAUGAUGACCUCUGGUGAGGCCGUCAAGUACAAGAACACUCUUGAUGCUGCCCGCCAGAUCGUCGCCAAGGAGGGUGUCAAGUCCCUCUUCAAGGGUGCUGGUGCCAACAUCCUCCGUGGUGUCGCCGGUGCUGGUGUCCUGUCCAUCUACGAUCAGCUCCAGGUCCUCCUCUUCGGCAAGGCCUUCAAGUAA